AUUCAAAUCUGAAAGCACCGUUCCACCCCAUUCUCCCUCUUUCCCAUUUUCAAAAUCUCUAUUCACUCUCUCUCCCUCACACACACACACACACACACACAAAAACACACAGUUGAAACCCUAUCAGGGUUUGCAAUCUGAAUCUGUUCGAGAUGGAGAAUCCCGAUGCGAAGAACGGAUCUCAAUCUGUUCGAGUUGCUGUCAACAUUCGACCGUUAGUCACCCCCGAGCUUCUCGUCGGAUGCUCCGACUGUAUCAGUGUCACUCCUGGUGAACCUCAGGUACAAAUUGGUUCACAUUCGUUUACCUUUGAUUAUGUUUACGGGAGUACCGGUUCUCCGUCUACUAGAAUUUUCGAUGACUGUGUUGAUCCUCUUGUGGAUGCGCUUUUCCAUGGGUAUAAUGCUACGGUUUUAGCUUAUGGACAGACUGGAUCCGGUAAAACUUAUACAAUGGGCACAAACUACAAUGGGGAAUGCAACGGGAUAAUUCCUAAGGUUAUGCACACAAUUUUCAAACGGGUAGAGGAGACUAAAGCCACUACAGAGUUCUUGAUUAGAGUGUCUUUCAUCGAGAUAUUUAAGGAGGAGGUUUUUGAUCUAUUGGAAUCGUCUCCAAUUGUUUGUCCUAAAGCUGAUGGGAAUGUAAAACCUGUAGGGCCUUCUAGGGCCCCUAUUCAAAUCAGGGAAACUGCUAAUGGUGGGAUCUCUUUAGCUGGCGUUACAGAAGCUGAAGUUACCUCGCAGGAAGAGAUGGCUUCAUAUCUUUUGCGUGGAUCUGUGUGUCGUGCAACUGGGAGCACAAAUAUGAAUAGUCAAUCAAGCCGAUCGCAUGCCAUUUUUACAAUUACAAUGGAGCAAAAGAAGUUAUCGGGCGCAACAAGUGUAAGGGUUCAAGAUGAUGCUGGAGAUGAUAUACUGUGUGCUAAGCUUCAUUUGGUUGAUCUUGCUGGUUCAGAACGGGCCAAAAAAACGGGAGCCGAUGGGAUGCGCUUACGGGAAGGAAUUCAUAUCAACAAGGGCUUAUUGGCUCUUGGUAAUGUGAUAAGUGCAUUGGGUGAUGACAAGAAGAGGAAAGAAGGGGGUCAUGUUCCUUAUAGAGAUAGCAAGUUAACCCGCCUUUUACAAGAUUCUCUUGGGGGAAACAGCAAAACUGUUAUGAUAGCUUGUGUAAGUCCAGCUGAUACCAACGCAGAAGAAACACUAAACACCUUGAAGUAUGCCAAUCGAGCUCGUAACAUACAAAAUAAAGCUAUUGUGAAUCGUGAUCCAGUUACAGCUCAAAUGCAAAGAAUGAAGAAUCAAAUCGAGCAAUUGCAAGCUGAGCUUCUUUAUGUGAAGGGGGACUCUUCUGCACCAUUUGAAGAACUUCAGAUAUUGAAACAGAAGAUAGCACUGCUUGAAACAAGUAAUGCAAAUUUACAAAGCCAACUUCAAGAACAACAAGUCAACUUUGAAAAGUUGACUAAACAAGCAAUCGAUGCUCAGUUUGAGAAAGACAAGUUACUGCUUAAAAUUGAAUCUGCACGUGAUGGCAAACCAUGGGAUGAAAUAGACUGUGACUCGAAUAAGGAUGUGGAUUUGUUGAAAACUUAUGUGUCAAAAGUUCAAGAAUUAGAGGGAGAACUGCUGCGUUUGAGAAGAUUGAAUACUUCAAAACGCAGUGAGCUUAUUGAUUACAUGGAUUUGGAUGACACUGUUCUUAAUCCAAAAAGUAAUUUGUUCCCAGAAUCGGAUCUUAAAUCUACGGAAGUUGCUGGUGAUUCUGAAGAUGAAGUGAAGGAGCUUGAACAUUGUUCUUUGCAAGAGAAACUUGAUAACGAGCUUAAAGAACUGGACAAAAGGCUUGAACAAAAGGAGGCUGAAAUGAAGCGGGUUGCGGGUGGUGAUACCUCAGUUCUUAAGCAACAUUACGAGAAGAAAGUGCAAGAAUUGGAACAAGAAAAGAAAAGUUUGCAGAAAGAGAUUGACCAACUUAGGUGCAAUCUUGCAAAUAUUUCUUCCACCUCUGAUGACAGUACUCAAAAGUUGAAAGAAAGUUAUCUUCAGAAGUUAAAUUUUUUGGAAUCCCAGGUUGUGGAGUUGAAGAAGAAGCAAGAUGCACAAGCACAAUUGCUAAGACAAAAACAAAGGAGUGAUGAGGCAGCGAAAAAACUUCAAGAUGAAAUUCAUAGAAUCAAAACACAAAAGGUUCAAUUACAACAAAAAAUAAAGCAAGAAUCUGAGCAAUUCAGAUUAUGGAAGGCCUCACGGGAAAAAGAAGUACUUCAGCUUAAGAAAGAGGGAAGAAGGAAUGAAUAUGAGAUGCAUAAAUUACUAGCUCUAAAUCAAAGGCAGAAAAUGGUUUUACAACGGAAGACAGAAGAAGCUUCUAUGGCUACAAAACGAUUAAAAGAGUUAUUGGAAUCACGAAAGGCUUCUUCAAGGGAUACAUUUGGAAAUGGCAGCGGACCUGGAUUUCAGGCACUUAUGCAGGCAAUUGAACAUGAACUCGAGGUUACGGUUCGCGUGCAUGAAGUACGUUGUGAACAUGAGCGUCAGAAGGAAGAGAGGGUUAAAAUGGCCAAAGAGGUAGCGGAACUCAAAGCUGAAGCAAAUUUCGCCAAGCAAUCAACUUUAAGUCAAACAAUGUCACCGGGUGCAAGAAAUUCAAGGAUAUUUGCUCUUGAGAAUAUGCUCGAUACUUCAUCCAAGACUAUUGUUUCAAUGGCUUCACAACUAUCAGAAGCAGAAGAAAGAGAACGUGCCUUUAGUGGAAGAGGUCGCUGGAAUCAAGUUCGGUCGCUUGCUGAAGCCAAAAAUGUCAUGAACCAUUUGUUCAACCUGGCUUCCUCUUCGAGGUGUCAACUAUGGGAUAAGGAGGUUGAUUGUAGAGAAAAGGAUUCCGAGAUAAGGAAUUUGAAGGAAAAGAUAGUUACGUUAAUAAGACAAGUUGAGAUGCAGAAGGUGGAGCUUAUUCGCAUGGAAAAGAUCAAGAAGCUUUACAAGUCAAAACGCUUCAAGAAGUCAACAAAUUUGGAUUCUACUGCCAUAGAUGAUGGUGAAGGACACAUUUAUGAUUUGAGACCCAAGGGACUUCGAAACUCUAUAGCUUACACAAAUAGCGGAGAUAUUCACGAGUUACUGGAAGACAUGGAAAUCUCUGAAUCGGAACAUUCUGAUUUGGAUGAAACGGAUGCUGAGUGGUUGCAUUCCGAAGAUUCCGAAGAUUUGGAUGAAACGGACGCUGAAGGCGGCAACAGAAGAAGACAAAAUGCUAAAAAACGAAAUUCAAAAGUUGUUAUCGAUAGCAACCCCGCCACUAAAACAUCUCCAGUUGAAGGUGGCGAUGGCGACUCAAACACGAUUCAAAAAGCGCCAUCUGGCGUGUGUUGUUCCUGCAGCAAAUACUCAUCUUGUAAAACUAAUAAAUGCGAGUGUCGGGUUGCUGAAGGUUCUUGCUCCAGCUCUUGUAACUGCCACCCUAAGAAAUGUAGCAACCGUGUGGCGGUUUUGGUCCAAUCUGAUUCGGGACCACCAGUUACAGAGGACGGGAUGGUAAAUAUACAAUCUGAUGGUGGGGAACUCGAGAAAAACAGUAGUGAGCUGGCGAGUCAUGGUGCGAUGCUGCUUCAGGCGGCUUUAUCUGAUAAGCCCGCUGAGAUAAAAGAUACCGAGGAUACAAAAAGAAAACCACUUUCGGACAUUGGGAAUAAGGUUGCCAAACCGAACGCACCGAAGCCUCCUGCCGCUAGAAAGAAAUGGAAAAAAUCUGUAGCCAUCCAACUCGUUCCUGUGCCAUCGGACCAAGCUUCCACUCAAACAGAAGAAACUGAACCCCCGACAAAACAAGAAAGUAGCACGGUGGAGCCCACUAAACCAAGGUUACAACAAGAAAGUAGCACAGUCGAGCCCACGAAACCAAGGUUACAACAAGAAAAUAGCACGGUGGAGCCCACUAAACUAAGGUUACCUCGAGCCAUGCGGUCUGCAAUUUCUAAUAACUCCAACCCUCUAAGAGACAGAAACUCCGAACCAUCAAAUGAUUCCACCAUCAAUAAGGACGCCGAGCCAAAGAGUCCACGUCACCUUCCGAGACCAACAACAAAGGAAAAAGAGAAUCAUGGACAAUAAGGUAAUUUCAGCUUUCUUGAUUGAUCAUCAAUAGUAGGUCAAAGAUGAUGGUUAACCAAUCCUCCAUUGGUGACGGGUCAGCUAUUAUGUUCCUCCAAGUUACUACUGUGUACAUGUAAACUCAUCUUAACUUGUUUGGUGUGAUAUGUUGGUGUUCGAAUGUUGGUUUUACGGAAUGUUUAAAAGCUGACAGCUUGAUUAUUAUUUCAACUGAUUAUUUGAUUUUAACAUUGAA